UCUUUCACCAAAGCCCCAUCUCCCCUCUCUCUCUCUCUCUCUCUCAAAUGGAAACCAUGGUUUCUCUGAAUCAAUCUCUAUUUCCUGCAAAUAUUGGAACUCUGAGUGGCAAUCUCAGCACUUGCUCAGUCUCGCCUCUCGGCUUCUCUCUUCCGUCUCCGGCCGCCAACCGCCGCCGCAAACUCAUGGUCACAAGGGCCUCCGUCGCCGUCGAACAGGAGACUCAGACCAAGGUCGCUCUCAUACGAAUCGGCACCAGAGGAAGCCCACUAGCACUUGCUCAGGCAUAUGAGACACGAGACAAACUCAUGGCUACACAUUCAGAGUUGGCUGAAGAGGGCGCUAUUCAAAUUGUAAUAAUAAAGACAACAGGAGAUAAAAUUUUAAGUCAGCCACUUGCUGAUAUAGGUGGGAAAGGCUUGUUUACAAAAGAAAUAGAUGAGGCCCUCAUAAAUGCUGAAAUCGACAUUGCUGUCCAUUCAAUGAAAGAUGUUCCUACUUAUUUACCAGAUAAGACAAUUUUGCCUUGCAAUCUUCCACGUGAGGAUGUUCGGGAUGCAUUUAUUUCCUUAAGUACAGCUUCGCUAGCAGAGCUUCCAGCUGGAAGCACCGUGGGAACUGCUUCACUAAGAAGAAAGUCACAAAUUCUCCAUAGAUAUCCAUCACUCAAUGUACUGGAGAACUUCCGUGGUAAUGUUCAGACACGAUUAAGAAAACUAAAUGACGGAGUGGUCCAAGCAACAUUAUUGGCCUUAGCAGGACUCAAACGCCUAAAUAUGACUGAAAAUGUGACCGCCAUUCUUUCUAUGGAUGAUAUGCUUCCAGCUGUUGCACAAGGGGCAAUUGGAAUUGCUUGUCGAAGCAAUGAUGAUAAGAUGGCUAAUUACAUAGCUUCAUUGAAUCACGAGGAAACAAGAUUAGCAGUUGCAUGUGAGAGGGCUUUCCUUGAGGCAUUGGAUGGCUCUUGUCGCACUCCAAUUGCUGGAUAUGCUUGUCGAGAUGAGGAUGGAAAUUGCAUUUUCAAAGGCUUGGUGGCCUCACCAGAUGGAACCCGAGUACUUGAAACUUCUAGACAAGGCCCAUAUGCUUAUGAAGAUAUGGUUCUAAUGGGAAAGGAUGCUGGCAAGGAACUCCUUUCACGGGCAGGUCCCGGAUUUUUUGAUUGUUAAGUAAUUUGUCAGUGAAAUGAGGACAACGAGUGAGACUGGAGCUCUGUGUUCCACUUCUAGGGCUGACACCCAAUUGUUUUAUUGUUGUUGUAGCAGUAGGGGGAAUCGAUUUUUUUGAUUAGUUGUUCACCAGAUGUAAGGGGUUUCAUUAUUGUCUUUGUGAGUACUAGACGAAAGCGGUUUCAUUAUUGUCUUUAUAAGUAAAUUAACAAGCCCAUUUUUUGCUCUCUUUCUCACACAUGCCCGUGCAAUAGCGGGAGAAUUGGAGAGGACCUACUUUUGAUAGAUUGAUGAGCGUUUUGUUUUCCUUGCAAAAGGGAAUUAUGGUAUGAACUUUGAUAUUGAAGUCGUCUGGACAGUUCAUUUUCA